AUGGUCUUACUCGAGACUGUCUUUCUUAAGAACGUCAUUCUUUAUAUCAACUCAUUUCACACAUUGUCAGAAUUUCUCCGCAUUAACAAAAAGUGCUUUGAAGCUGUCCAAACGAUGUUUACGAACUCAUUUCCGCUCAUUACGGAAGAUGCAUCCGAUGAAAUACUCACAAGGGUCAAACUGUACUUUCCUUCAAUCCAAACAAUCCGCUUACCAUGUUUCUCCCUCUUUUUUCUUCCAACUAUAUUCCCCGCAAUACUCAACAUCGAAGUACUCUAUGACGUCCAAAGUACACUGGACCAAUGCACUUCGAAGAAAUUUAUCUUUCCCCGUGUUAUCAAUUUUAAAGGAAGUGUCGAGCAUAUCACUUGUAUUAUGAAAAAGGUCCAAAAACUCAUUCUACCAUCCGGCAAUAUCAACGAGCUAACACAUGUACUCAAGAACAUCAGACUAUUCCCACGACUCUCCCAAAUCGUAUUUUCCAUUGACUAUGACAGUGAACUCGACGACUUUCAAAAGUUGGUCAUUCAAUUCCAAGAACUGAAAGUCGAUAUCUUAGUCAAUCACGUUAACUUCGACGAUUUACAAACAGUGAAGUUGGUGCAGUCGAAUCUCAACUACAACGUAAAACACUUUUACUACAGUUUCUCACCAUUCACUAAAAUGCCAGUUAUCUUCGUGUUGCUUCCAGGACUCUCCUUCCAAUCCUUCGACGAAACAAAAGUUCCAUUAAACGAAAACACUACUCUGAUGCAGUUGUAUUACCCAAUGAAUUACGAAGGAACCGUGUUGGAUUUUAGUCGGUGCACUUCAUUAACAAAUAUCGUGUUUACUGAUAACAUCAAAAACAUUAAGAAACUCUGCAUUUCAAAAUCACUCAAACGCCUUGAAAUUCAAGACUUCGAGACACAACCAGAAAUGUCAGAUUUAUCGACCGCCAAAUUGGAGUACUUUGAGGUGGGAACUUUACAGAAAUCAGUGGCUUUACCCACUACAUUGACCGAAUUGCACAUCUCUAACUUAAAAACCUUCCUUAUAUGCCCCGAAAACCUUUUAACCCUUCGCGUAUUGAAAUGCUCCAGAGAAGUGCGUUACAAUAAGAAGCUAGUACAUUUGACCAUCCCAAAAUUGUGUAGCAACAACAUCAUUCCUUCUUCACUCAAAGAACUCGACACAAGUCAGGCAUGUUUCAUUGACAAAUGCGUGAAUAUCACAGCACUCACUGUUUCAUUGCCAGCUGGUGCACUUCGCGGAUAUGCAAUUGAGUCAAUUGGUCUUCGCCCCCAAGUUUUAUCAAAACUCCCUUCGAAACUAAAAGAGUUAACAAUCACCGACUGCGACAAAAUCGACGCGAUUGAAACGCCAUCGAACAUCACCAAAAUUUCCGUCUUUAUGAACGUCGGUGGAUAUCACCCACUUGAAAUUUUCACUAAACUGAAACUCUCUCAGUUCUUUAAAGAAGUGGAAAUCGCACUUCUCUUCCAACAAAUACAAAAUUGUACGCGAAGUAACCAAAAUUCAUACGAACAAAAUGCUCGUUCAGUCUGUUCCUCCCAAACACAAACAACUGUCUCUUUGAUUAACUUAAACACAGCAGAUGUUAAAAAAGACUUCUACGAGGUGAUGAGGCUCAUGUAA